AUGAAAUACCCUUUAUUUUCGUGUAAAAGUAACUACUAUUAUGAUAUUUUAAAUCUUACUUUAUCUGAAGAUGAAGAAUUUGAAAAUUUUCUAGAUUGUAGAAAUAAAAAAACUGAAUUACAUUGCCUUUUUGAGAAAGCUGUAAAUAAAAUAAUUAUCAAUACAAAAAAAAGUUGUGACAUUAAUUCUGAUUUUGAAGAGAUAGAAAAAAUUGAAAAUAAAAAGAAUGAAGCACUGGAUUCGGACCACUUAGAUGAUAUUGAUAUUUUUUUAAAAAAAAAUAAAUGUGAAAAUGUGUUUUUAAAAAAAUAUAAAAAUAAUGAAGAUAUAAUAUUACCACCUAAAAAUAUUAAACAAAGAAUAUAUUCUUUAAAUGAAGAAGAUGAAAUAAAAAAUAAUAAAAGAGAUCAUUAUCAAAAUGAUAAAAUAAUAGAAAAUUUUAAAAAUGUUUUAUGUAAUGAUUUAAAUAAAUAUUUUAAAGAUAUAUUAGAAAAUGUAAAAAAAAAUAAUGAAAUACAUAAUCAAGACAAUGAUAAUACAAACAGUGAUAUGUAUAUUUUAAGUGAUGAUUACUCAAAUAUAAAUAAUCGUGACGCUUUAAAAGAUGAUACUAAAAAUUGUAAUGUAUCAAAUAAUUGUAUUAUCAAAUGCAGUAAUGGGAAAAAUAUAAAUUAUUUUAGCAAAGAAAACUUAAAGGAUCUAAGUUAUAACAAUAUAAAUUCAAAUAUAAACAUAUAUAAUGGUAAUGAGACACUAAAAAAUGAUACUAAUAAAAAAAAAAGACAUACAAAUAAAAAAAACAUUAUGGUAUAUAACUCCGCAAAUAAUUCUAAUGAAAAUAUAGAAUGUAAUCAAAAUGAUUUAUCAAAGGAAAAAGCCUAUAAAAAAAGUAGAAAAAUUGCAAGAAAAUUACUAACAAAAAGAAAUUUUCAUUUUUCAAAAAAAAAAUUAUUAAAUAAAGAAAAUCAAUUCAACCUUUGUAAUUUCAAUAAUUUUUAUAACUUAAAAAAUAAUAAACCUAAAAAAAUUAUGGUUAACAGUCAAAAUAAAGAAACUUUAAAUUAUUCAAAUAUAUCAAUAAAUCAAUUAAUUUGUGAUAAUAAUAAAUCAAAUAGUUUUGAUAAUUCAAAGAGUUAUGUCAAAAUAAAAGAUAGCUCAAAUGUAGGUUCAAAUGAAGAUUUUACUUUUAAUCACUUUCAGAAAAAUGCUAAUAAUAACAUUUUAAAUAAGCUUCUUUUUUAA